AAUCACUUUGGAUAUGUCAGAAACCAGCUAUGGCAGGAAAUGCCAAUGGAAGAACCGAUGCGGUCCAAAGCAGAGGGCUGGAUAACGCUGAGGAAAUACAGAGGACAGAGUUUUAUCAUCUCCAAGGCAGGAUAUGGAGGUCUUUCUAUGGACUGUAUCCCUACAAGUCAAGCAUGAUCGGACCGGAGUCGCUGGCAGAUCCAUCUUCUGAUUGGGACAUUGUGGAAACAAUUGGGAAAGGAACCUAUGGCAAGGUCUACAAGGUCAUCAAUAAGAAAGAUGGAAGUCAAGCAGCCGUGAAAGUUUUGGAUCCCAUUAAUAAUCCCAGUCACACUAACAAAGAUGUGGAUGAGGAGAUUGAAGCCGAGUACAACAUCCUACGUUUGCUGUCCAAUCAUCCCAACGUGGUGAAGUUCUUUGGCAUGUUCUACAAAGCAGAUGAGCUCUCUGGAGGGCAGCUAUGGCUUGUUUUGGAGUUGUGUAAUGGGGGUUCAGUAACUGACCUGAUAAAGGGUUUGCUGAUGAGGGGAAAACGUCUUGAGGAGCCCAUCAUCUCCUACAUCCUGUAUGGAGCACUUCUGGGUCUCCAGCAUCUUCACAACAACAGAAUAAUCCACCGCGAUGUGAAGGGCAACAACAUCCUCCUCACCACAGACGGUGGAGUCAAACUGGUGGACUUCGGCGUCUCAGCUCAGCUGACGAGUGCCCGUCUACGCCGAAACACAUCAGUGGGAACCCCGUUCUGGAUGGCUCCUGAGGUCUGCGUCUCAGCUCAGCUGACGAGUGCCCGUCUACGCCGAAACACAUCAGUGGGAACCCCGUUCUGGAUGGCUCCUGAGGUGAUAGCGUGUGAACAGCAGUAUGACUACUCAUAUGACGCCCGCUGUGAUGUGUGGUCUCUGGGCAUCACUGCCAUAGAGCUGGCGGACGGAGACCCACCCCUGGCCGAGAUGCACCCUGUCAAAGCACUCUUCAAAAUACCGCGGAACCCGUCUCCUACCCUCCGCCAGCCCAAGCACUGGUGCAGGAGUUUCUGUCACUUCAUUGCUCAGUGUUUGAUAAAGGAUUUCGAGACGCGUCCAUCAGUGACGCAUCUGCUGGAGCAUCCGUUCAUUAAACAGGCUCAUGGGAAAGACACGUGGCUCAGACAGCAGCUGUCGGUCCUCAUCCGCGAGCAACAGGACGUGGGCAGCAGGACCAAGACCAGGCAUAAGCGGAUCAAUACUCGCAAAACCCUGAUCAUUGAGAGCUGUCCUGAUGAUGAUCUGGUGAACCUGGAGGUUUUAGAUGAGGAAAUAAUCAUUACACAUCUUCAGAGGCGAUAUCAGGAGCUGCAGAUCUACACAUAUGUGGGUGAUAUCCUCAUAGCGCUUAACCCUUUCCAGAACCUCAACAUCUACUCUCCACAGUUCUCAAAGCUUUAUCACGGGAUGAAACGCUCCACUAACCCCCCGCACAUCUUUGCCACCGCUGAUGCAGCCUAUCAGAGCAUGGUCGCCCUCUCCAAAGACCAGUGUAUAAUCAUUAGUGGAGAAAGUGGAGCGGGUAAAACCGAGAGUGCCCACCUCAUCGUCCAGCAUCUCACAUUUCUGGGCAAGGCUAAUAAUCGAACACUUCGUGAGAAGAUUCUUCAGGUGAAUCCCCUGGUGGAGGCGUUUGGUAACGCGUGCACAGCCAUUAACGAUAACUCCAGCCGCUUCGGGAAAUAUCUGGAGAUGCAGUUCACACCUGCAGGGGCCGUGAUGGGUGCAAAGAUCUCUGAGUAUCUUCUGGAGAAAUCAAGAGUCAUCAAACAGGCUACGGGCGAGAAAAACUUCCAUAUAUUUUACUACAUCUAUGCUGGUCUUUACCACCAAGACAACCUCAAAAAAUACAGGCUACCCAACAAAACUGCCCCCAGAUACAUCGCCUGUGUCAAUGGUAAAGUAAUGCAGGACAUCAUCUCUAGCAAACUCUACGAGGAGCAGUUUGACGCCAUUCAGGACUGUUUCCGUAUCAUAGGAUUUACUGAAGAGGAAGUGAAUUCUGUGUACAGAAUUCUAUCAGGCAUUUUAAACACAGGAAAUAUUGAGUUUACAUCCACCAGCUCCCAACAUCAGAGCGACAAGAGUGAGGUGCCCGACUCUGAGGCCUUAGAUAAUGCAGCCGCUCUGCUCAGUAUCGGCUCUGAGGAGCUUCAGGAAGCUUUGACCUCCCACUGCGUGGUAACUCGAGGAGAAACCAUCAUUCGCACCAACACUGUGGACAAGGCCACUGAUGUGAGAGACGCCAUGUCUAAAGCCCUGUACGGACGCCUCUUCAGCUGGAUAGUGAACCGCAUUAAUGCACUGCUGCAGCCUGACACUAACAUCUGUGCGGCUGAGAGUGGAAUGAACGUGGGGAUUUUGGACAUCUUUGGUUUCGAAAACUUCAAGAAGAACUCAUUUGAGCAGCUGUGUAUCAACAUCGCUAAUGAACAGAUCCAGUUCUACUUCAAUCAACACAUCUUUGCCCUGGAACAGAUCGAGUAUCAAAGUGAGGGUGUUGAUGCCAGUCUGGUGGAAUAUGAGGACAACAGGCCCAUUCUGGACAUGUUUCUACAGAAGCCCAUGGGUUUACUGUCUCUGCUGGAUGAGGAGAGCCGUUUCCCACAGGCCACCGACCAAACACUCGUCGAUAAGUUUCAGGAUAACCUGAGAAACAAGUACUUCUGGACACCCAAGCGUGUGGAGCUUUGGUUCGGGAUCCAGCAUUAUGCUGGCAAGGUGCUGUAUAAUGUCAGUGGUUUUCUGGAGAAGAACCGGGACACUCUUCCUGCAGAUAUUGUGGUGGUUUUGAGGACGUCAGAGAACAAACUCCUGCAGCAGCUGUUUUCCAGCCCUCUGACCAAAACAGGUAACCUGGCCACAUCCAGGGCAAGAGUGACAGCAGCAUCCAGAUCUCUGCCUCCGCAGCUCAGCAGCGGGAGAAAUAAGUUUUAUCUGUUCAGUAACCUGGCCACAUCCAGGGCAAGAGUGACAGCAGCAUCCAGAUCUCUGCCUCCGCAGCUCAGCAGCGGGAGAAAUAAGGUGGACACCAUGGAAAUGAUGCGUCACCCAGAGGAAACCACUAACAUGAGGAGACAGACAGUGGCGUCUUAUUUCAGGUACUCUCUCAUGGACCUGCUGUCUAAGAUGGUGGUGGGAACGCCUCAUUUCGUCCGCUGUAUCAAACCCAAUGAUGAGCGGCUGGCUCUGCGCGUCAAUAAGGAGCGUGUGAUGGUUCAGCUGCGAUACACCGGCAUCCUAGAGACCGUCAACAUCCGCCGGCAGGGCUAUUCUCACCGCAUACCCAUCGAGGAGUUUGUUAACAGGUACUACUAUCUGGCCUUUCGUGCCCAUCAGAUGCCAGAGGGCAGUAGAGAGAACGCCAUCGUUAUACUGCAGAGAGCCAAACUGGACAACUGGGUCCUGGGAAAGACCAAGGUGUUUCUGAAGUACUAUCACGUGGAGCAGCUCAAUCUGAUGUUGCGGGAGGUGAUCGCGCGGGUGGUGCUGAUGCAGGCCUACACCAAAGGCUGGCUGGGAGCUCGGCGGUACCGAAAACAGAGAGAGAAACGCAACAACGGAGCGAUUAUCAUACAGUCAGCCUGGAGGGGUUACGUGGCCCGUCACAAUCUGAAGCAGAUAAAGAGAGAGCGUGAGCAGGCUGCUGUACGGAUCCAGUCAGCAUACAGAGGCUACAGAGUCAGGAAAGACUACAGACAGAGUCGACAAUGGACUGGACAACCCACACCUGAAAGAAGAUCCUCCACCAGUCCCCUCCCAGAUGAAAAGGUUGUCUCUGUCAGCAGAGAGGACAGCUCCAGUGACGCGUCUGGGCUGAAGACAGACAAACAGAGUGACAGCAGAGAGAGAGACGGGCUGCAGGAGCGACCGGCACUGAGCAAGCAGGCUAUUUGUUAAAGCUGUCAUCUGUCAGACUGCUGUGUUCUGACAGACGCACAAGAUUGAGCA